AGAUUUGAGGCAGUGUUCACCAACUUAAACUCUUCAAUACCCUCCUCGAAAAGUGGUUGGAAAGCUUUAGCUAAUUUCGAAAACGGCAACAUAACUUCUUCUUGUUUCGUGGCAGGCCAUAACCGAUCACAUGAGCUGUCGACUGGCAAGGCUAGGCUGACUCUCAAUUACGAGAAAGACCAUGGACUUGUGUGACAAAGAUGUCCCAAGGUAUCCCUACUUGAUGGACAGCUACAACGUAGAAUAAAAGGACAGAAAUUAGUAUAUUCAAGGAAGAAUACAUGCUUUAACAAUUUAAAAAUUAAAACUUUAUUUAAUCACACAGUUGCUAAUAUCACUCAAGUACUCUCGCUGUAUCAUAAAGUCU